UACUCUUCUAGACCCUUCCUGCACACCCUCAAUUUAAAACCGUUGCGACUCUCCUGCUCCAUAGGCAAUAUACGUGUUCUGAGAUCGGAAUUUUUGUUUUGGUUUGUUUUUUUAUCAUUAUUAUUAUUUUCCUUUUGUUGUGAUGGCGCACUCUCAGUGCUGCGCGAACCCGCCGACGCUGAGCCCGACGGGCGGCGGCGGCGCCGUCGUCGAAGACCUCGGCGGCCUCCGGGCCUACACCGCCGGCUCCCCCGAUUCCAAGCUCGCCGUCCUUCUCAUCUCCGACGUUUAUGGAUUUGAAGCACCAAACCUGAGGAAAAUAGCAGACAAAGUUGCAGCUUCUGGAUACUUCGUGGUGGUUCCAGAUUUUUUCCAUGGGGACCCUUUCUCGCUUAGUAAUGCUGAGAGACCUUUCCAAGCGUGGAUACAAUCUCAUACUACGGAUAAAGGAUUUGAAGAAGCAAAACUGGUUGUUGCAGCUCUAAAAGCUAAAGGGAUAUCAGCAAUUGGUGCUGUUGGCUACUGUUGGGGUGCCAAGGUAGUAGUGGAAUUAGCAAAAGCCGGUGAGAUUCAAGCUGCUGUGCUUCUGCAUCCUUCAUUUGUCACUGUUGAUGAUUUCAAAGAGGUUAAAUGUCCCAUUGCUAUUCUCGGGGCUGAAUCAGAUCAUCUUUCACCUCCUGAAUUGGUGAAACAGUUUGGGGAGGUUUUGUCUGCGAGAGCUGAGGGGGACUACUUCGUCAAGAUAUUUCCUGGCGUUGCACAUGGAUGGUCUGUUAGAUACAGGACCGAUGAUGCGCCGGCAGUUAAGAGCGCUGAGGAGGCGCAGAGCGACACGCUGGCGUGGUUAACUAAGUAUGUCAAGUAAAACCUUCUAAGACUUGUUCAGAUAUCGAACUAUAUUCCAUGAGCUUGUUAUGCUGCUUUCGCGUUGUUAUUCGUGUGUGAAAGUGCUGUCGAACUUGGUGUGUUAGACUUGAAAAUAAAGCACUUAUAAUAUAAAGAUUGGUGGCUUGUCGUUAUUCUAGCA